CCAGAGAACGUACCCGCAACACAAGAACACGUGUGUGGGGAAAGAGGAAUGUUGUUUUCGGUCUGCAAACACACUGUUGCUAUAGUUGCUUCAGACACAUGAAUCACCAGCUGCUACAGGAAUCGUCUCACUUCUUUCGACGCAGAGCGUUUACGUUGCAUGUUAAAGUAUCUCGAUUUGUUUAAAAGUGUUUACGUGACCAAUUUAAGAUGUGUCGUAUAUCGUACAGGUGCGAGGAUGAAACCAACAUGAUCAGCACCGAUGGCCCCUCCACCAAGCGCGAGGAGACCCAGGACACCGGGAAAACGAAAAGGGAAGCGCCAGAAAUGCUGCACCUCACCUUCGCAGUCUUGGUGUGGCUGGUGACGGGCACCACCAUAUCCAGCCUGAACAAAUGGAUAUUCGCCGUGUACAACUUUAGGUUCCCCCUUCUCCUGUCAGCCCUACACAUGCUAACAGCGAUAGUGGUGGACUACGGGCUGAUCAGAUGUAAGGUUAUCCGGCACAGAGGGAUCGGUGAGCAGGAUUUGAGCACCAACGCCAAAUGCAAAGUAUUUCUGUUGAGUUUGACUUUCUGUGCCAGUAUCGCGUUUGGGAACGUGGGACUGAAUUAUGUGCAGCUUUCAUUCGCGCAGAUGAUCUACACCACGACCCCGCUGUUCACACUCGCCAUAUCCACGCUGGUUUUGGGGAAACAGCACCACAUCUUGAAGUACACCGCAAUGAUGCCGAUCUGCCUCGGGGCGUCCUUCAGUAUUAUGGGCGAGGUCCAGUUUGACCAGAUGGGCUGCUUGUUUGUGUUCGCCGCGACUAUGUUAAGAGGUGUCAAAACCAUUCAACAAAGCAUCUUGCUCCAAGAGGAGAAGAUUAACUCCAUCUUCCUACUGUAUCUGAUGUCCAUCCCCAGUUUCUGCAUCCUGGCCAUAGCCGCCCUUGCUUUGGAGAACUGGGCCGAGCUUAAAUCCCCUUUCCAGUAUGACCGCCAUCUCUGGGUUUUCAUUUUGCUCAGCUGUCUGGGCUCUGUCCUUUACAAUCUGGCCAGCUGCUGUGUCAUUACCCUGACCUCAGCCGUCACCCUGCACAUCCUGGGCAAUCUGAACGUGGUGGGCAACCUUCUGCUAUCUCAGCUACUUUUUGGUAGUGAACUGUCGGCUCUCAGCUGUGUCGGUGCUGCCCUCACUCUCUCUGGCAUGAUUAUCUAUCAGAACUCAGAGUUAAUUGAAGCAUACAUUGAUGCAUGUAGAGCAAAGACACCAACCCCAGACGGCACAAGAGAAGAGAAAGUAGUGUGUGCCGAGGAAAGUGAAUCAAGCAUAUCGAAGCCAACUUCACAACCAUCUCCGAUAGCAUGUACAGAAUCAACUCAUGAGUGUCAUGAACGGACAGAUAAUCACAUUCAUAAGAAAACCGACUGAAGACGGUCAACAAGAAAGAUGUGGUCGGAUGCUGUGUUGCAUAUCCUAGCAAGCUGUCUUUCAGUGUAGAGCCUACAGUACAUAAGAUAAUGUAAUAUUUCAUGGGAUUGUGACCAGAAAGACGUCUGAGAAACAUUGCUUUGGUCUAACAUCGAGAUGUUUAGGUUACUUCUCUCAGUAUCUGCUCACUGUGCCAAUGUAUUUACUUUCAUUCACGACUAUAAAGGAGAAACAUCAGUGAACAGAGACUGAUUGACUUAACAGAUGCCUUUUACGAACUUGACAGUUUGAAGGAUUUAUUACCUCUGUUUUUGCCAACACGCACACAAACAACCCCUGCAUGAGCAUGCAGAAGAUAUCCUGCCAUAUUGGUUUUGUGACUCUGUCUAUCUAAUGCACUGUGAAAAAAAACUGCUCAGAUUCCUCCGGCCCCCCUUAUUGGUCAACAUGGAUGUUACUGGACCUGUUUGCACUUUUUAAGGACUAGAGAGGGGCACAAGUUUCAAAUACGUAAUACAGGAAUCAUGUAUUUUUAGGUACUGUUUAAUCAGGCGCCCUGAUUUGAUGAUACGGGGGCAUUUUUAAGGCAGCUUACUGUGUUUGAAAGAGGAUCCUAUGUUUCUUACAGCUCUUUAAGUUUACAUAUUUGACACAAGCAGGGAAGCUGGGUUCCCAGCUCGGUUUAUAUUUUUUUCAUUAUGGGGUUUUACACGACUUGCUACUAAAUGGGUGAAGAGACGUCUCGCUGUUUUUUGACCUAAAUAAAACACUUUUUUUGCAUUGUAAUAAUAGGCACACGGUAAUAAAUUAUAUAUGAACAUAUAUCAAUAAAACCAAUACGACACUGUAGAAAUAUACUGUUGAAACACUGUUAUUAUUUAUUUUAUAUAUUUUUUAAUUUACAGAAAAAUUAAACCAUUAAAAAGUUUGAAUUUAUGCACAAUAUAUUUUUAGGUUCAAUUUUGACCUGGACAUGUUUUUGACUUGCCCUGUGAGACUCACACGAAAUGACACGUUUCAGAAAAUUGUCUGGUUUUGAAGGAAUGUUAUAUAUGUCCCGUCAGAGACAGGCAGGUUUCAACUGGUGCUUCUUAUGUAUAUCCCUAUGCAGAACAUUAUUAAUAGAUUUCUCUAAGGAGACUUUUACAUCUUUAGCUAAUUAUAAUCUGACUGGAGAAAUCGUUAUGAUAUACCUGCCUGCUGGUCUCUCACUGUCCUCUUUAAAGAGUUCAUGUAAAGGCUUCAUUGUUUGUUUUUCAUCGGUUUCAUUGUUGAAGGUUUUUGUUUGAAAUCUGCUGGGUGCAGUGCAGUAUUAUAUUGUUGCCAUUUUGAAUAGUUUUUUAAUACAAUCAACACAAAUAGAGGUUAUACAGUGUGUUUAAAGGUCAUUCCCUUAAAGAGGUUGUGCUGCCAUCUGCUGGAGAGAAUGCAAAUAUGCAUUUAUUAUUAUUAAUAAGGCGUAGUCCUGUACUUUUAGAGAUGUGUGAUAAGAAAUAAAUCAGGCAGUUGUUGAGUUUUUUUAUUUUAUGAUAAUUUACAUUUUCUGACAUUUUCUUUUGUUAAUCCUCAAAACGGUUUCCUGGAAUAGAUUUGUAGUUGGACCUGCUUUAGUGUGGAUGUGAAUGUAUCUUAGUGGGUGAUGAAGUGUAGGUAGUCUUAUGAAGCCUGGAUAAAGCCCACAUCAACUCAUGUGUGCCUACCUGCUGGGUUUUGUUUAAACAAACGUCAGCCUUUCAAGCUGAAAAUAAAUUUAUCUUUUAGAGUUACGGGGAAAACAUCAUAGCAUAUAGACACAGCAUUAUGUCAUUUGUUUUCACCACAAGCACAGAGUAUCGACACGAUCAAUACAAAUAUUGCAGAUAUUUGUUGCUCUUCACCUUCAAAGGUGAGGUGAGGAUUAUCCUAAAUACCUCGGAUGUCAUUGCUUUUUUAUGUGUCUGUUGACUUAAAGGGAUGUUUUGUUGGGUCACUGUUUUAGAUGCUGACUUGAAUAUGGCAAUAUAGUUAUAUGAGUUUGAUGUGUCUUCUGUUUUUUCUCGACUCUCGGUUUUCAUAAUUAUGUGGCUCCUGUGUAUGUUUUGUUUCUGAUGUCGACAAAAUAUCAGAUGUACAGUAAAUGCUUAUUUUAUUAUAUUUAUGUAUUUUACAAAUAUGAAAACUGGAUAAAUAUACUUAUUCAAAUGUU